AUGUUUAGAGACGAGCAGCAGUCCCUCUUCACCCCGUCCGCCGGCCCCCAAAGAGCAGCAGUAGCAGCUGCUGCUGCUGCCUUGACUGACACGGCACUGCAACAAGAAGCCUUCCCUCCAGCAACGCUUGCACCGACCCCAAUUGCAGCACCAGAUAGACUUGCCCGAGCAGCCUCAGGCGUCAGAGAAGUCAAACGCAGGAAAAAGAAAGAAAAAACUGAGGAGGAAGUCGCAGCAACUGCAGCUGCAAACGCAGCCACCCGCUCACGAGCAGCAACAACAGACACCGCAGGAGUCUGCAGGAGCCAGGCACGUACCCCCCACGACUCAGCAGCAGCUGCAAAUGCAGCUGCAGCAGGGCUGGAAGGAUCAGCAACAACAUGUACAGCAGCACACACUACAUCAACAGCGGCGAAACCCUAUGAAAGACGCAAUAGCUCUGCUCCAGCCACAGCCGCAGCUGCUGUCGCUGGAGCGCUGCAAUCUCCUGACUCACCCCAGCACAAGCCCUGGAGCACACAGCACGAUCAGAGUCACUGGCAACAGAAUCAGCAGCAAACGCGACCUUUAGAAAAUCACUCGUGGCUGUCAGCGCUACAGAGGCACGACGAGGAUAGAGCAAGCUCUCGAGACCAACACCAGUAUCGCCUGCAGCUGCAGCAGCAGCAGCAACAACAACAACCGCAGCACCAAGAUCAAGCGGUCAACAAAGCGUAUUUCGGAUAUCCGCCUUCCAACGCAGUGAUGCUUCAAGACAGUCCCACUGCAAUAGUGCAACUGGAUCCUCAGCAGACGCGGCAGCAAGAGCGUGGGGAGGUGCCACACGACAGUGACACCGAUACCUGGUAUAACUGCGAUCGUCUUACUGACCACGAUAUCUUCUGUGAAGGUGUGCAGUACCAGCAAGAGGAGCAGCGGCAGCCUCCGUAUAGUCCAGAGCGUGUCGAGUGGCGCCGGGUAGACUCGUGGUGUGGUGGGAGUGGCAGCAGCCACCGCAGCAGCAGUGAGGGGAGCCUUGCGACCUUUCACAGCAGCUGCAACAGCUUUCAUAGCAGCAGCGAGGUGCACAUGGACUCGGGGUGGUGUCGCUGGGUGGACAGACAGUGGAGUCUCUGGACCGAUGCUGCUCCUUUGCUGCGGUCGCUCUGCAGCUACAGCACAUACUUUGUCUCCGAUCGUUACUUGAUUCUGGAUCUUCCCUUCCCUGUAGCUGCCCGUGGAGCAAUGCUCAGGUGUGCAGAGAGCAUAGGCUCGCUGCUGCGCACCGACAGCAACAGGAGCAGCACGAGCACUGAGAUGGGGGACGCUUCCCUAGCUCAAACGGGUAGAUUUGCUGCAGCGGGGAGAAACAUGUAUCCCGAGCAGCCUGAGCAGGAGUCGCACAGGGCGCAGGAGUACUAUGCAGCAGAAGAUCCAGAACGACAGCAAGCGUUUGGACAGCUUGGCGAAUUGCAGGUGGUGCCUCCCGACGCGAACCUGUCGGUUGUUUGUUUAGAUCUCCAGCUUUGCAGCAUUGUCUCCGUUAGCUGCACAAGCACUCAGCCCUUCCCGAUGCAGCGAUUUCCCGGGGAGGAGGACUGCGCCUUCCAAGCCAUGGUGAACUUUAGCCGUCUAUCGGCAUCCCGCAGAGCAGCUGCUGCGGCAGCUCGGUGGAUCGAGGCGGCUUCAAGGCGACUUAACCUUGACAGUGGCAGCAGCAGCAGCAGCCUCAGCGUCAGCGGCAACAGCAUGGAGCCUAAUCCUGCCCACUGGACCGCCCGAGGGGCGGAGUCUGAUGUUCGUGAUCCCGCAGUUGUUGAAGCCGUCAGUGCGCAGCUCAUCUACGAGUGGAAGAGCUACAGCAGGAAGUACAGACAAGUGCUUAGGCAGUUGCUACAGCAGCAACAACAACAGCAGCAGCGAAGCAACUUGCAGGUGCAGCAACAGCGCACAGAGGUGCAGCAGAAUGCACAGAACGUUCUUUUGGCAGAUCUGCUUCUCAGUGCAGCAAAAGCAAAGGCAGCGGCCAAGUGUCACAGCCACCAGCGCAGUGCCUGA